CGAUCUGACCUACAUUGAUUUGGUGGGGCCCAUUCCAUCCCUCGCCACUCUCACCAGCCUCACCUACCUAACGAUUGGGUUGGAUGGGAGCAAGCUGACUGGUACUCUGGACGGACUGGCUUGGCUCUCCUCCCUCACCAACCUGCAAACACUGGGUCUAGAGUACUUGGCUGCAUUCACAGGGGACUUGUCCUCUCUGCACAUUCUUUCUCACCUGAAAGACCUUCAACAGCUGAAAAUUAUUUCGCUUACCAACGCCACAGGGGAGAUACCCAGAGAGAUUCGAUAUUUGACAGCCCUCACUGCACUGGACCUAUCCUACCUUCGUGCCUUGGAGUUCCCUGAUUGGGUCACUCACCUCUCCAACCUUCAAUACCUCAACGCAAACACGGACGAUGAACGUCGGCAGGGGCUGUUGAAGGACGACAUCUCUGAGCUCACAGCACUCACCAGCCUGUGA